AAAUAAAUAUUUGCUGGCUGCCGCAGCUUCACCCACGCACCAACUGUUUUCUUUCGUUUCUCAUAUCUUCGUUUCUGCUGCUGCCGUUGCUAGUCGCCGGUCGUCGGUACGCCCCCACCGCCACGUUUUUUUCUUCUCUUCUUAUAUCCUUCCCUGCCGCAACCUCACGCCACCAUGGAAGUGCCUUCUAAAUCCAGGGUUUCCUAACAGAGGCUAAGUUCGAGGAAAUUCUACUGAAGGUUGGGUGAUAGGCGAAAAUGUCAGAUGCAUUUGUGGAAGCAGAUAAUGCAGAAGCCAUAAUCACUAGAAUUGAGCACAAAUCUCGGAAGAUCGAGAGCUUACUUAAACAGUCUAAAACAGUCGAAGCUCUAAAAACUGCCCUCGAAGGUUCGCCUCCGAAUACACGAGAUGAGCGCUGCAAGUCAGCAAAUUGGAUUGUGGUGCAUAGGGCUCUUAUGGCUAUAAAGGACGUAGAUGGGAUGUUUUCUUCGCUGGAUCCGGAGUAUUAUGAUAUCCUAAUGAAUACUUACAGGUAUUUGUACAGAGGGUUGUCAACUGGUGAUCGCCCCACAUGUGAUCAGUGUCUCAGGAUACAUGAAAAAUUGACAGAAAAGGCUGGCUUAGGCUGCAUUCUCCGUGCCCUUGCAGAUACUAUCAACACAGUUUGAUUUUCCUUAACUUGAUACAACAUUGCCAGCCCUCACCCUUUGGCGGUGUCGAAAAUUGCUUUUAAUUUUCUCUGUGUAUGUGAAAUUGCUUUUCAGAGAGUGUUUGUGUUAAGCUGAGUAGACGUCUAUAUCUGUCACAUUAUAUUAGAAAAAACAGGUACUGAAUUUCAUUGAGUUCAGGAUGCUUUGAAUUGCAUUAUUUUGAAGAACGUGCAAGUAUUGUUAUUUGUUUGGCUAGAUUGGAAGGGACCAAAAUAUAUACGGCUUAUUUC